UUUCUCCCUUUGUUGAGCAUUUGGAGCAGUGCCGCCCAAGCACACAAACAUCAACCCCGAACAUUUCUCACUGUCUCGUAUAUUUCCUAUACCUCCAAACUGGCCGUAUUUCACACCGAGAUUCGAGAACUAAAACAUCAUGGUUCGAACAAGAAGGUCGGCGGCAGCCGAUACAAUUGCUGUCGCACCUCCACAGCUUAAUCCGAUAGGUUCGGCAAAUACACCUACGGACCGGCGCAGCGGAUCAAGUGUGGCAUCCGACUCAUCCACAAUCUUCACCUCGGCCACACCUUCGUUGGGAAGCGGGUAUACCACCCCACUUACCAGCAAUUCCGAGACGGCAACCCCAAAAGAGACCGUGCAACCGGCCUCGGGCAAGCGACUCAAUCGGAUCGAGGUGCAUUUACCUGUAUCGAAGCCGUCUGCCUACCGGGAUCUCCGCCAGAGCAUCUUCUCCAUGGGCGGCAAGCGGAAGCGAGCUGUCAUCGAGGACAGUGAGGAGGAGGAGGAGUUCUCAGACAGUUCUCCGGAUGCGAUUUUAGCACGAAAACUGCAGGCAGAGGAAGAUGCAACCGCAGCGACGAUGGUCGAGCCGUCUGUUGAGUCUAGCGAACCUGGUCCUGCACCGCGUCGGAGCCUGCGAGGACUGGCGGCGCCAGCUGCUACACGGGCCGCACGAUCGACGAAAUUGAUUCACACUAGCACCGGGCCUACUUCUUUGCCCCCGCGGCGUGCUAAUGGCACGAAACGUGUGAUAGCCGCAAAAGCCACGGGCUCUGGCAAGGCUGCGAGCAAGAGGCGGGCCGUCACCAUCUCUGAUUCGGGGGCCGAUGAUAGCGAGCCGACGAAACUUUCAGACUCGGACGAUAGCGACGAUUCCGCCGAGCCUCUGAGCAAACGCCGAGUCACCGCUACACGCGCCAACGCUAAGCAUAAAGCGUUGCCUGUCGUUGCCAAACGGCCAACUAACCGAAAGGUCAAGGCAGAAACACCAGAACUGGAGGGUGAUGAGGUCGAUCUCAUGCUAGAAGCCUCCGAUAGCGAAACCUCCGAGUUUGGGGCAGAGGCUCUGUUGAGUGAUACCAGUAGCCUUUCGGACGUGGAGGACGGGGCUGAGGAUGAUGCCGGCGAUGCCGGUCAAGCCACAAAUAAUGCCGGGGGCGAGGACGAAAAUGAGACUGGCCCCGUUCCGACCCCUUCAGCUCUCGAAGUAGCGAUGAGUUCACGCCGCGCCUAUCGCGCCUAUGCCAGCGGGCGCCGAGUUAAGAACAACCGUUCUCGUCUGGAGGCGAGCCACCCGGAACUCAAGACGAUGUGGAAGGAUCUCGAGAAUAUGCCCAUUUUGAAAGCGGGCAAGGCAAAGCAGCCCGAAUCCAUCUCUCGUCAGCUCAAACCGUUUCAGCUUGAAGGCUUGGCUUGGAUGAUGGGGAUGGAGAAGACUGAGUGGAAGGGUGGACUGCUCGGGGACGAGAUGGGUCUCGGCAAAACCAUCCAAGCUGUCUCUCUCAUCAUGUCCGACUUCCCUGCCAAGAAGCCUUCUUUGGUGCUGGUGCCUCCGGUUGCCCUGAUGCAAUGGAUGACGGAAAUCGAGUCGUACACGGACGGGACACUCAAAACUCUCGUCUUUCACGGGACCAAUUCCAAGUCAAAGAACCUCACGGUCAAGGACGUCAAGAAGUACGACGUGAUCAUCAUGUCAUACAACAGCUUGGAAUCGAUGUAUCGAAAACAGGAGAAGGGCUUCAAGCGCGUGGCUGGUACCUUCAAGGAGAAAUCCAUCAUUCACCAGACCGACUUCCACCGCGUGAUCCUCGACGAGGCUCACUGCAUCAAGACGCGGACGACAAUGACGGCCAAAGCAUGCUUUGCCCUUAAAGUCACAUACCGCUGGUGCCUGUCUGGCACUCCGCUGCAGAACCGCAUUGGCGAGUUCUUUUCGUUGAUUCGCUUCCUCAACGUCCGCCCUUUUGCCUGCUAUCUAUGCAAGAGCUGCCCCUGUUCCACCCUCGAAUGGCAAAUGGGUGAUGACAACAAAUGCACCGGUUGCGGGCACGGCGGGAUGCAGCAUGUGUCCGUCUUCAACCAGGAGCUUCUCAACCCCAUUCAAAAGUUCGGUAACCGUGCCGGUGGUGCCGAGGCCUUUAGAAAGUUGCGCAUUUUGACCGACCGCAUCAUGUUGCGUCGGUUGAAGAUAGACCACACUGACUCGAUGGAGCUUCCCGUCAAGGAGAUCAACGUUGAACGGCAGUUCUUUGGCGAAGAGGAGAACGAUUUCGCCAACAGCAUCAUGACAAACGGCCAGCGCAAAUUCGAUACCUACGUCGCCAGCGGUGUCCUCCUCAACAACUAUGCCAACAUCUUCGGUCUCAUUAUGCAGAUGCGCCAAGUGGCCGACCACCCGGACCUGAUCCUCAAGAAAGACAGCGAGGGUGGCCAGAAUGUUCUCGUAUGCAGCAUAUGUGACGAGCCUGCCGAGGAUGCCAUUCGGUCGCAGUGCAAGCACGACUUCUGCCGGACCUGUGUCAAGAGCUACCUGAACUCGACGACCGACCCGAACUGUCCGCGGUGCCACAUCCCGCUCUCCAUUGACCUCGAGCAACCCGAGAUGGAGCAGGACGAAGUCCAGGUCAAGAAGUCAUCCAUCAUCAACCGAAUCAAGAUGGAAAACUGGACGUCGUCGUCCAAGAUCGAGCUGUUGGUACACGAGUUACACAAGCUCCGUUCCGAUAAUGCGUCGCACAAGUCCAUCAUCUUCUCCCAAUUCACAACGAUGCUGCAGCUUAUCGAGUGGCGCCUGCACCGUGCCGGCAUCACUACUGUCAUGCUCGAUGGCAGCAUGACCCCAGCCCAGCGGCAGGCUUCGAUCAAACACUUCAUGACGAACGUCAAUGUUGAGGUCUUCCUAGUUUCCUUGAAGGCCGGUGGCGUGGCGUUGAACCUCACAGAGGCUUCUCGGGUCUUCAUCGUGGAUCCUUGGUGGAACCCUGCAGCUGAAUGGCAGUCUGCCGACCGGUGCCACCGCAUCGGACAGUCCCGUCCCUGUACCAUCACCAGGCUCUGCAUCGAAGAUUCAGUCGAGAGCCGGAUGGUUCUGCUCCAGGAGAAGAAAACCAACAUGAUCAACUCUACGAUCAAUGCCGACGAUGCAGCGAUGGACUCGCUCAGCCCGGAGGAUCUCCAGUUCUUGUUCCGCGGCAACUAGUCACAUCUUACCCGCGAUGAGCGCCGGCAGAUCUACACGUCUGGGCGUCUCGCCCCUUUAUUUUUCCAUCUUUGCUACGGUAUGGCUAUUUCUUGACAAUACUUUCUCACCGCCGACGGGCUCUUGUGUUGCGUUAUAUGGACCUUGAGUGGGCAGUGGGAACACUAGGGGGUUGUUGGGGCUACGCGAUGGUUAUGAAGUCGCGAGAUGUACGGUAUAGAUAAAGCUCUCGAUUUGGCCAACU